AUGAGCACCACAGAACCCACCGACGCGAUGGCGUCCUCGUUGGGGAGCAAAAUCAGGACCAUUCUGAUAUGCUGCUUCGUGAUGUGCGGUUCUCUUCUCUUCGGCAUCGAUAGCGGCGAACUUGGUGGCUUCCAGGCCAUGGUCAGCUUCCUGAAAGACUAUGGAUACUUUGACGAAGGAACGGACUCAUACAACAUUCGAACUCGAAUACAAACCUCCUUGAAUGCUGUAUUGCUUGUUGGAGCCAUACUUGCUUCCAUCUCGGCAGGUCCCAUUGGCACGAAAUAUGGUCGAAGAGUUGGUCUGAUAUGGAUGGGGCUUGUCGCUGUUGUCGGUGUCAUUUUCCAGAUCUCGGUCCCUCAUGUAUGGGGUUUACUCCUUGGUCGCUUCUUCGCUGGAGUGGCUCUUGACUGGUACCAGCGGACUGCUAACGUCGGAUUCUGUUCUAGUUUCGUCCCCAUUUAUCAAGCUGAGGUUGCUCCAACACAAAUGCGAGGAAUGAUGAUCGCUUUGUACCAGACCGGUAUCAAUAUUGGUCAGCUCAUAGGGUCCUGCAUCAACCAAGGGACUUACAAGAUGUCGACAAGAUGGGCAUACAGAAUUCCACUGAUCACACAGCUCAUCUUUCCCACCAUUCUGAUUGUGUUUGCUUCCUUCUUUCCAGAGAGCCCACGUUGGCUGCUCUCGGUCGGUAAGGUGGAAGAAAGUGCCAGGUCCAUCCGGAGGCUUCGUGGAAAGACAUAUCCAGAGCAUCAAAUCCACGCUGAUGUAGACGACAUCGCCAAACAUAUCAGACUCGAGCAGGAGCUUGAGGGUUCCAGCUCUUUCUUGGACGCGUUCCGGGGCAGUGAUAGACGCCGCACUCAUAUCGCCUGUGGUCUUCUUUUGUGGCAAGUCUUGUCAGGUAUCAGCUUCAUCAACGGGUACGGGACAUACUUCUACUCGGUCUCUGGCAUCUCCAACGCAUUUGUUGUCAGUAUCAUCUCUCAAGUCUGUCAACUGGCAGGUAUCAUCGCGAUGUUUCCCUCGGUUCACUUUCUUGGUAGAAGAACUAUCCUUCUGUGGGGCGCUGCUGCCGAGACCAUAUGCAUGUUCACUUUCGCAAUUGUUGGAACUGUUGCACCCAACAGUGUCGCUGCGGCAAGAUGCUUAGUGGCAUUUAGUUGUCUGUACGCUUUCUUCUUCACGUGGUCUUGGGGCCCUGUGGCAUGGAUCGUUGCAUCAGAGAUUGGAUCCAACGUGAUGCGCUCCCGUACCCAGGCCCUAGGUUCUGCAGUCUCGUGGGCUGGCACUCUGCUCAUAGCAGUGGUGUUGCCUUAUCUGAUCAAUCCGACAGCGGCCGAUCUCGGUGCAAAGGUCGGUUUCAUUUUUGGAGUCACAUGCUUGUUCGGUUUCGUCUGGGCUCUGUUUUUCCUUCCAGAGACCAAAGGCCGUUCCCUCGAGCAGCUUGAUGAGCUGUUUUUGAAUGGUGUGUCGGUGAAAGAAUUCAGCACUUACCAGUGCCGUGGUCACGUCGAGUAUGAAAGAAACGGCGUCAUCACAACUGCUGAGCUUAACGAGGACACCAAAGAGGUCGUGGCAAUCCAUUCGGAGCAUACCAAGGCUGCUUGA